GUCUCGAGCGACCGACGACGGCCCGCCAAUACAAUUUAUAAAUCUCACAUCACAAAUUAUCAUAAUAUAUUAUUUUUAUUAAUAAUUUGAGUUUUAUUAUGUACUAGAUAAAUUUAAUUAUUCAUAUAUAUUUUCUGUUAAAUUAUUUAGUUAAUCAUUUUCCAGUGUCUGUGUAUCAAUUAAUAAUUAAACCUGCUGGUCCUUAAUCACCCCUAUCCCUAAUUCCUGGACACAACAUACUUCAACAAGCUUCAUCGGUUCAAAUUACCGACAUGUGGCGCAUUAAGAUAAUUGUUCUCUGUUUGACGGUGAUUAAUGUCCUGGGAGAUUUGCCACCGGGUACAAGACGUAACACAUAUUUACCACCGGAGCCUACAAAAGGAUAUAACUACAAUACACCAUCAGUACCAUUUCCACGACCAACACCAGGAUUUCCAUCAUCAAGACCAACGUCUCCCUUUCCAGUAGGGCCUACAAGACCAACGCCAACUUUUCCAACCGGACCAUCAAGACCUCCAACACAACCUGGAAGACCGGGAGGUGGAUACCCUACUCCAGGUCCACGACCAACACCAGGUUUUCCUACACCAACAAACAGACCAACUGGGGGCUAUCCUGGACCAGGGCCACGACCCACUCCCGGAUUUCCGGAUUACCCUGGGCAACCCUCUGGCAAUAACGGCAACACUGUUCCGGGGCAUGAACAUCACCACGAGCCAGGAAUGCCAUUUGAUUUCAAUUAUGCCGUCAAGGAAGACGCAUUUGGUAAUGACUAUUCACACAAUGCAAUUAGUGACGGAGAUAUUGUAAAAGGUGAAUACCGAGUUCAACUUCCGGAUGGGCGCACGCAAAUAGUUCGUUACACAGCCGACUGGAAACAUGGUUUCAGUGCACAGGUCACUUAUGAGGGAACACCGCGGUUAGAUCUUCAGCGACCUCCUGGUGCUUUCAGGGGUUAUUAAAACUUAUAUAAACCUGUCACACACCCGCGGGUUGGCCAACUUUGAUCGACCUUUGUGAACAACAAUAACAACAAUAACAACAACAACAGCAACAACAAGUAAGCAAUAGUGUAUAUUAUAUCGCAUUAUUCAGCAGUGCAACGAUUCAAUCCCGUCAGAACAAUGAGCUACCUUGAACAGCAGGCUCUACCGUAAUAGCAGUGGUACACACGAAUGGAGUUGAGCCAAGAGCCAAGAGCCAAGAGCCACACAGUGGAGGAUGUUACGGAGGAGUAUAUCAAGAGAUAAAAAGAGAAAGAGAUACAUAAAUAAAUAAAUAAAUAAAAAAAAAAAAAAUAAACAUAGGCCAAAGUGUUGGUCGACACGUGAACUAAUCUCCAAGGAACUCACUUUCACUGCUCCGUGGGAAGAUCGAAUCCUCCUUGUUCAUUACAGGGGUUUUCAUUUUGUUGUUAUAUUUGUUCUCAUCAAUCUAACAAUCGUGCUGCCACUGCUAAUAAUUUUUAACAGUUCUUCAUUUUUUUAUCAUUAUUUUAUUUUAAUAAUUAAUAAUGUUACGCUAUUGUAAUUAUAUGUUAAGUUAUUUAAUAGCUUUAUUUUUGUGAAGAUUGAAAAAAAUUUAUACCUUUUCUUGACUAUUGUAAAAAAAAAAAAACAACUCAUUUAGUAGAGCUUUAAUAGCGAAAAUUCUUUUUUUAAGAUUUAAAAUUCUUUUUGAUAGAAUUUUUAAGCCGAUAAAGAUGAUUGUAAAUUCUCUUUUAUAGAGAGACGUUAGGACGCACUUGAUGGGUAAGAAAUGAGGCCAUCGUCGAUGCGCUUCUCAAACCGUCUAUGUUUUCCACUCCAAAUCGUUAAAACUGUACCAAUCGAUUUCAUAAUUUUAAUAAAACAAAAAUAAAAACAUCCUGAUUCAGCAAAAGUCAUAUAAGAAAAAAACUUGAUUAUUUUUUUUCAAUUUUCAUAUUUUUUUGUAACUAUCAAAAUGUUAAAAAAAAACAAUAGUAUUAAUAGCUGCAUUACACAAACACAAAAAAUGUAUAGAAUCAAAAAAUAAUAGAUACGUAAUUUAAUUUUGAUUAUUUAUAGAUUAUACUUUCACAAUAAUUCAAUAGUUACCUAUGUAUACAUAUAUAUUUUAGCUAUUUAUUCUUGUUUUAUUAUUUUUGAUACAUUUUAAUUGAAAAUGUAAAAGUUAUGAUGAUGGAUAUGUUACAAAAGCAGCGAUUGUUAUAUUGCUUCAAGGUUUUAACUGUCAGACUUAAACAUUAUUCUAUUAAAAUAUACUCGAAAAAAUAUCCAUGUUCUGUUAUGUUAUGUUAUGUUAUAAUAAAACAAAAUAAUAAAAUUGGCAAUCAUACCCAGACUAAAAUAAUGUAAAUGCUUCUGACGUUUGAGCAGAUUCAUUGUUAAUGAUAAAAAAAUAAAUAAUUAUCAUAUGUUUGUAAAAGUAGUUUGUUUGACUGUGGUCGAAAGCAGUUGGUCAAUUAGUUAAAAUUUUUCUAAAGGAAAUUGAAAAUAAAAUAAUUUUUGAUAAAGCUCUAAAGAUUAAAUAAUCCAUUUUGUUAGAGGGCGACAAAAUGGAUUAUAUACCAUUUCCGCGCACGCUUAAACCUUUUACUCAGAUAAUCCAAUCACCAAAUAUAAUAUUGAAGAUCCAUCUAUUCAGACAAGAUUACGUCUAUCAUUCAAUAAAAAAAAAAUUUCCACCCUGUAAUCUGUAUUAAUAGAAUGGAAAAGAAAAAUAAAUAAUAAUUGUAAAAAAAAAAACAAUUAUUAUAAAAUAACUGAGUGAUGUGAAAUUUAUACCACUCGUUUUAAUUUAUUUUUAUUGAUUAACUCAUGUGCUUUUAGCGGAAUUAUAAAUUUAAAAAUUUAAUGCUCAAAAGGAUAAAAGUAUUGAAUUCUAAGUUUUAAAACAAAAAUAUACCUUUCGAGACAACAGAUACAGAAGUGAACAUAUGAAUUAUAUAUUUGUUGAACAAACUCGAUUUAUCAAAUUAUAUAGAAAGAAAAAAAUGUCAUGCGAUCAAGAGUAUACUCCUGGUUGUCAAUUUUAUAUAAAUAUAUAAAAAAAAAUUAAAUUAAUUGUACAAAUAUUUUUUGAAAUCCAAUCAAUUUGUCAAGAUCAUAUACCUGACAGUAUAUUUGAAUGGACAUUGUCUAUCAAAUUUAAUGACGUUGUCAUUUUUGUAACGUUGAGCCUUUAGAUGGAAUAUUUUUUCCAUGGAUUUAACAGAAUUAUAUUUAAAAAACAAACAAAAAAAAGUGGAUGUAUAUUUACAAUAAAAAUUU